AUGGAUGAAGCAUAGAAAAAUUAUCUAAAUUUAUUGAAGAAGACAUUCGAAAAAAGGCAAGAGUUUAUUAGAUAUGAUGUUGUGCUUUUUUAACAAUUUAGAAAUAAAUUGACUGUUCAUAGUGCAGCGAUCUCAAGGAAUUCUGAAAUGCUUGUGUGUGGUUGUAGCAAGGUGUGUUGUAUCUUAUAAUUAUAAUAAUAGAGUAUCAUAAUCUUAUAUGAUCUGAUAUCUAAGUAAGCUUUUAAGGCAACAAAUAAAAAGCAAUUGUAAUUUAGAAAACAUCAAAUAGUAACUGUUGCAUUUUCGAAUUGUUAUGAUUAUAUCAUUGCAGGUAAAAAUUAAUAUAAUUUAGGAAAUACUAUGGGGGAUUUGCUAAUUUAUGAAAUUUCAAUUGACAUUUAAAAUUAGAAAUUUGAUUUAGAUCUUAUGAGAUUUGUACCAUAAUAUCAUGAAAAAGCAUUAUAAAUAAUAUUUCAUUCAAGCAUUGAUCAUUUAUUAACAAUAAGCAGUGACAAACUUAGAGUUACAAUGAUAAGCGAGUUUAUACAGAAUGAAAACAUUGAUUAAUCUUAACAUCAGAUUUGUCAAAAUUUAGGAGGAGCAACAACUUCAAAAUUGUCAUAUUAUAAUAAUCAUUAUUAUUUAUACAUAGGAAUGAGAAACAACAAAAUAGUAUAAAUUAGAUCAUGUAUUUUAAACUUUUAAUUAAUUUAGCACAACUUUAUUCAAAACCUAAAAAUGAAACAUUUGUUUACUAGAUAAAUAGUUUUAGUUCUGUGAUUAGUAAACUUGAAGUAUCAAAUGAUUAGACUCUGCUAGCAAUCGGCUACCAAAGUGGAUAAUAGGAAUAAGGGAACUUAUAGAUAGUUUAUUUAAAAUAGGGAAAAUAAAUAUUUUCAUAAAAUGGAAUUACAAAAUUAAAAAUAAGUUAAUUGUUAUUCUUUAAUUCAAAUUCUCACUUAUGCAUUAGUUCUUGGGAUGGAACCUUUCAAAUUUUGGACAUAAAAAGCAAACAAAUUUUAUAAACAUACUCUCAUGUAAUGCAUGAAUAAGGAGUGAUAACCUUCUUUCCUUUAACAGAAGUAUCUGAGUUUCCAAAUCUUAUAUCUAUUGGAUAGGAUCAUCAAAUUAAAAAAUAUUAUUUCGGAAAAAUAAAAGAAUAAUUAUUCGAAUAUAUUCCUUUCAUAUUUUGGGUUGAGUAAAGAAUAAGACAAGAGUUAUAAUUCUAGAGUGAAUUACAUAAUUAUUAAAAGUUACUUUAUAUAGAAAGCAUGGGAGUAGAUAGUGUUAAAAUGAGAGAAUUAAAUUAAAGUAUUUUUGGAUUUGAAAAAUUCGACCCUCUAAUAAAACGAAUUAUAGAUUAUACAGAAUAUAAAGAAAGAGCAUUCAAUUUAUACAAAAGAUAUGAAUUAGAAAUGUAACAAACAAUUGCUUCUUAAAUAUAACGACCUAAUAAAUUACCUCCUUUAGAUAUACAAUAAAAACAUCCAUAAAUUGAUGUUCCUGAAAAUCUUAUUCAAAGUGGAAUUUUAGUUAAUCCAAUAUAAUUUCAAGAACCUUUGAAAUUAUUUUCAGAAUAUUUUUCAUUCACCUUUAAAAGAAUAAGUGAUACUAUUGUAUUUGAAAGAAUUAAAUUGAUGGUUUUAUAAAAAUGCAAUUUCAUAUUUGAUGAGAAAUACCCAUUCAAAUAAAAUUUAUUCUCGAAUCUAAAAAGAAUGAAAAAUUUAAAAUACCUAGAUCUAUCCUAUAACUCAUUGUACUUAGAAGAUGUAUUAUAAAUUUUAGAUCAACUAAAAAAUGUAACUUUAUUGGAUUUUUUAAGUUUGGCCCAUAAUAAUUUAGGAGAUAGUUCAACAGUUAAAUUCAAUAACUCUGACGCAAUUAUGAGGCUUUUAGAUGAAGUUGAGGCAAUUUCUUUAAGGUCAAAUAAUUUAUCAGAUAUAGAUGGAGAAGCUAUCUUGAAUUAAAUAAAACAUGUAAGAAUAUUUAAUAUAUUCAAUAGUUUAAAAAGUUAAAAAUAUUAGAUGUUUCUGGUAAUUUAUCUUUUAAAUAUAAGACCUUAUAGGCUUUAUAGAGAAUAACAAUUUUGUCAAAUAAAAUUGAAUUUUCUUCAUAAAGAAAUGAUUUUCUAAAUUUCUUAAAUAAUAUUAAACUUCUAUAAGAAAAUGAAUAAUAACAAGAACUUGAGGAUUAAGUAAAAUCUUAGGAUAAGUAAAGUAAUUUAGGGGAAAAUGAAAAGUUAAUUGAAAAUCUACCUGAUUAGCAACCUUCUUAGACUUUGGAUAGAUCCGCUUCAAUAUCUAGUUCUGGUAAUUAUAUGUCCUUACAAUUAUUAUGUAUUUAAUUUUAGAAAGAAGUUUGUGAAUAAGCAAUGAAAACAGCAACAGAUUUUUUGGUUUAAAGAAAAAUAACAAAUUUAUAUAUAUAUGUUGUUGAUAAUAAAGAGGAUGAUGUGUGGGAGACAUCUAUUUCAAUAUAUUAUACUAGAGGGCUGAAAAAGUUAAAUGAUUAUAUUUUUGGUUGCAUAGGAGGAGCUAUUUUGGUGGUAUUUUCAUGUUUUGUAGGAAUUUAUUAAAACAUCAGACAGGAAGGUUUUUAUUGUAUUAGAAGAAUAUUUUGUACAAAUUAUUUUCUUUGGAAAUAUUUAGCUUGUGGAUUUUGUACUGUAUUAACUACAUCUGUUGGAAAGUUUAUUGUGAAAUUAUUUGGUGUAGAAUAAUCAUACUUUGAGUACAAUCCUAAAAUUAUAAAUUUAGAAUAAGAAUUAAGAAAUAUCAGAUAUAUAGGAUUUAUACUUUUUGCAAUCUAUUUUGUCAGCUAUUAUUUUGUUGUUGUCUUUUUGCCAAUAAUAUUUGUUAAUACUUGCUAAGGUUAACAAUGGUUAGGUCAUUUGAUUUAUAUUGCUUUUGCUUGUUAUUCCUUUCUUGUAGAAGGGUAUCUUGGUUUGACAAUCAGUAAUCUAAAAGUUACUACUAAUGAAUAUACUGAUGGUAGCAUAUUGGCAAGAUAUUUUUAUAUAAUUAAGGAUUUACUAAUUAGUCAGUUAACUAAAUUUGAAUUGUAUACAUGCAUUUGUUUUAUUGUAUUAGUAAAUUCUUGUUAAAUAUCUGUUGCCAUAGCUUGGAUUGGAGUUGGAAUAAUUUGUUUUAAUUUACUAUUAGAUUUAGCUUUGAUUGUGAGAUAUUUAUUGGUUCCAUGCAUAAAUCAGAAAAAACCUUCAUAUAUAGAUAUAUUUACGUAGUUUUCAACUCUUUAUUAAAUGAAUAUUGUUACAAAUUUACUUGAAAAAUGGUCUGAAUAAAAUACAAUUUAUAUAUUUUUCUUAAAAUCAGAUGUACCACAAAAAGUUGUAGUUUCGAUUAUUAAAACUUUUAUUCAAGACACUCCAUUACUUAUUUUAUAAGCAGUAUACUUAGGUAUGAACCCAACUCAAAUAAAAAUUUAAACUUUUGUUGUUUCUUUUACAACAGUGAUCAUUCAUUUUAUUUUUUCUAUGAUUAAAAUGUUGUCAAUUACUAGAGCUGCUAAAAUUAAUGAAGAAAUUGUAUUAACAGAAGUUUCAAAAGCUAAAUUUCCUAAUAAAUAAAUUAAAAUAUUUAAAGAAUUAAAAAAAUUUAUUAGAAAUCUAAAAAAAAAGUUUUAAACUUUAAUUUAUGAACAUAAUUAAAGGAGUGAAAAUUUAAUUACUUCAUUAGUAGAUGCAGAAAAAGCACUUCUUAACAGACCUCAUACUAUGUAAAAUUUUGAAUUAUAUCAAAAAUAAAAGAGCUCUAAGAUCCUUCCUGCUAGAAAGGGAAUAACUUAAAUAGGAAAUAAAAUUUAAAGAAUAAAUGUUUCAAAAAAUUAGAAGGUAAAUUAAGAAGAGCUUCAGAAAUUAAUCUCGGUAAAAGCCUCACUUGAUAUAUUUGGAAAUAAGGUUAAAAGUUGGAAGAUAAACAAUGAAAUACCACUUGAUGUAACUGAUGUUUUAUUAAAUGAUGUUCCUAGAUAAUUUUUUACAAUCGAUUUAGAUUGGGAAGCAAGUUAACCUUGGGUAGGGAAUAUGAGAAUAUCUUCUUUGAAAUAAGAAAUAGAAGGUUUUAAGUUGGCCUAUCUUCACUUUUAAAAUUUAGAAAAUUUAAAUAUUUUGGAUCUGGGUUUUGGUUCUGGAUAUGUUUCUUUAUUUUUAUUGGCACUAGCACUAAAAAGGAAAAAGGUGUUUUAAAUUUAAUUACAUUUAGUUGAUCAUCAUCCUGAUUCUAUCAAAUUUUUUGAACAGAAAUUAAAUACCGAAUUUUCACAUUUAAAUAAAAUGUGUAAAAUUUAAUACUAUUUACAUGAUUGCUUUGAUGGACUUAACUUAUUUUAAGAUAAAAAAUUUAACUUUAUACAUCUAGGUUACGCUACAACUAAAUGGAGAAUAAAUAAAGAUAUUAUACCAUUACUUUCAGAUGAUGGAUUAAUUUUUGGUUAUGAAAUAGUCAGUAGUUUAGAAUAAAAAGCGUUUUCAUGGAGUUAAACUCAAAAAUAAAUGGUAUAUUCUUAAAAUUUAGAAUAAUAUGGAAUUAUGGAACCACUUACAAUACAAUUAAAAGGAAUUGAUUAGUCUAUUUUAGAAAAUUCAAUUAAAUAGAAAUUAGAUAUUUUAAAAUAUAUAAAGUUGUAUGAUUAAUGUGGUUUAUGUGAAAAAUAGCUGAAUAAAGAAGAUAAGUAAUUUAUUAAUCAUUACUGGGGGGAAGGCUUAUGCAUGUCUUGUGCAAAUGAGCAAUUAGAAUAAUAGGGCGAAGAAAUUGAUAUAGCAAAAAUUAAUUAUAGAUCUAACAUAAUCUACUACACAGGCAGCAAUUGCAAAUUAUCACAGAUAAAGCAAACUUCUAUUUUGUUAGAAAACUUAACUUAUCCAUUUGGCCAUAAAGUGGGAACAAUUAGAGAGUAUUCAAAUGUGUGUUCAUCUUGUAAUUCUAAAAGAGGAUUUGGAUUUUUAUACAAAUGUUUAAUCUGUGAUUCUGUACAAUAUUGCAACACUUGUGGAUUAUAAUUAAUGAGAGAUAAUCAAAUGAAGUAUCAUUCUGCUUGUAGUCAAGAUCAUCCUCUAUUAAGAAUAGUUUUUCCAUAGAAGACACAAAAAGGAAAAAAGUGA